AAUUCCCAUGAAUCGGUCACCGAACAAUUCUAUAAAAACAUAAGAAAUGGCUCAGAGGAUUUCAUAAGCAAUUGUUUUCCUUCUGUAAUCGCAGUCCUUUGUGUGACCACAUUCCUAGGAAUCUUGAAUUGCUUUUGCCUUCAGUGGGUCAUUUCAGUUCCAAAGAACCGGUCCGGUCAACAUCACGUAGGGCCUACCGACCCGACCCCUCAAUCUGACGGCUGAAUGGACAGUCGGACGUGUAACUGUCAUUCUUAUUAGGCUUUUUAUGAGCAUUGACUUUCAGGUGAUUUAUUGGUAAAAAGAUCGAACUAUUGUCUCACCUGUUUGAACGACUGUGAUCAGUAUACGUAAUUACUAGGUCGUGGACAAGGGAUGAAUGAACAAAGCAAUUGUUGUCACGAAUGUCAAUGUUUUUCUUAAUUAAAUCCCAACUUUUGCUGAAAUCAUUGUGGAUAUAGCCGUGGAAGCAAGAGCCACGGAGGAUACUCCCGACCCUGACACUCCCUCUACUCUCCCCCCUAGGAUACCAGGAGUGAUGAGUCUAGCGUGCUUAGUCUUCCUGAGGCGACGCCUCUAUCUGCUGCCCCUGAUAACGGCCGUAUGGAUCAUCAUGGCAUUCUUUAUAUCGUAUGGUAUUUCAAUUAAGAGUGGCUCCGUUCAACCAAAUGAUUUCCCUUAUAUCAGCUAUACGGCUAUAGAGGCUCCGGAACGCUGUGUGUUUGGACAACUUAUCAACAUUGGCGCUGUCCUGUUGGGCAUGAAUGUCUGGGUGAGGUAUUUGUUCGUCAAAGAAAUUUUCCUAAAAAAGAAAGUGCAGGACGUGAUAAAAUGGCAGAGGGUGAACAUUGCUGGGAUUAUCCUCGGCUUUCUCUCUGCGCUAGGCAUUAGCAUGGUUGCCAAUUUCCAGACAGUUGUACAAAGAGGACCACACUACGUUGGUGCCGGUCUAGCUUUUGGGUUGGGUCUAGCCUACUGCUGGCUGCAGACGCGGUUGUCAUGGAAAUUACGCAGCGAGAAAUAUGGCAACCACUUUGUUGCAGUAGCCCAACUUGUCAACAGUAUUGCACUGACAGUGUUCCUUCUUCUGUUCGCUGUAACGAAAAUAAUCUACAAAGUCCAGGAAGCAAGAGAUUUAAAAAAAGGAAUAACGGAUACAAAAUUUACGACAGUACCAGAAGUGUACUUGGUAUCUACGAUCUCAGAAUGGUUAGUGGCGACAUCUGUACUAACGUUCGCUCUCACGUUCAUGUGGGACUUCCGGGCACUCGUCAUGGAAACACCGCGUGUAAAUGUCAAUUUUGAGCUGAUUGAGAACGGAGAAACAAGAUCUGUCACAAAUGGAACACAGAAAAACAGCAAGGACGACACAAACAUGAACACAAUUAAUUCAAGUGUGUUAUAAGUGUGUUAUAAGUUUGAGUCAUUAAUGCGGAAAGACCUCUGCUAAGGUCCCUCACUGGUGUAAGACCGAAGCGAUCCAAUGGCUCAGACGUUAUGCAUGCCUCGGAGUCAGAAUCGGUCUUUCAGUCUUCACACGCAUAAUGAUUGGACGGACGUCUCUAUAGAGUAAAGUCUAACAAUUUCCGGAACGUCAUGAACAACAAUCGCCCUAUGCUUAUGAAAUCUUUGCGAGUUCCUCAGUGAAGAGUUACUAUGAAAAAGAAGUUGUGGAAGUUGUAUUCAUACAUGUAUACAUGUAACUGACAUCAAUGCAAGAGAGAGAGAGAGAGAGAGAGAGAGAGAGAGAGAGAGAGAGAGAGAGAGAGAGAGAGAGAGAGAGAGAGAGAGAGCGAGCGAGAGAGAGAGAGAGAGAGAGAGAGAGAGAGAGAGAGAGAGAGAGAGAGAAAGAGAGAGAGUGAGUUUACCAUGUGAAACGUGCUUGAAAUAUUGUUUCGUUCUGUACAUUUGUUAUAAUUUUAUGAGUUUUAAUCUGUCCAUGCCUGUUUUUUUUAAAGAAAUAUUAAUUGGAAAUCAACAGAACCUUUUCAAUGAAUUCGAAUGGAAUUGAAAUCCUAUUAAUUAAGUUAAAAAAUCGUAAGAAUAGUCUCUAUAAUUGAAUGUACAUGUAUGUAUAAUAGCUAAUUUGCAUUUAAAUUAUUUAACAUGUUAAUGUUGUACGUAUCCACAUUUAUAAUUAAAACUUUUGCCGGUUACAUACCUGACUUACCAUGUAUUUGUUUCAAAAUGCAGAUUUACUAACAAUUAACAAAACUAUUUAUGAUAUAAUUUAUAUUUAAUUAAAACCCGAGUUGUAUUUUAAA